UCUCUGAUCCAUCCUCAGUGGAUCCUGACUGCAGCUCACUGCUGGAAGCCAGGAUGGACUGUGGCAGCAGUGUUAAAAGUUCAUCCACGGACUGCUGGGCAGCAAAAACCGGCAAUCCGACAAGCUCCUGAGAUGUAUACGCUCUUCGGCAAGCAGCAUGACAUCAUGAUGCUGAAGCUUGAGACACCAGUAUCAGGUGUCCCACUUGCUCAGCUACCAGACUGCAACAAUCGUCUUAAAGUAGGUGAUGUUGUUCAGCUGGCAGGAGAGGGAGCAACGACGACCGGCCCCAAUAAUAAGCGAUUGCCCCCCAAUGGUGCUAUUCCAUCACAACUUCAAUGUGUCAACAUGAAAGUUCAUCAAGUUUUGGACGUCCUGCCGGCACGUGGGCAUUUAUUCUCUGCUGGAGCGAAGAACAAGGAUAUUUGCCAUGGCGACUCCGGUGGAGCAGCGAUGCACAAUGGCAUGAUUUAUGGAGUGAUUGCUUUUGGUGGAGAUGAUGUAUGUCAGAGUCCAGUUUCAAUCAUGGAUGUGUGUGAAUACCUGGGGUGGAUAAAACAUAAACUAUCAUGAAAUAAAAUUCUCAUCAAAUUUCCUAUCACAUAUAAUUUUAUAAUUGCAUCU